CUACACUGCAGCGCUGUAGUGGCCUUGGGGGUACGGCCCUGUCACCUGCUGGCCCCACUUCACCCCUGGCACCCUGGCCAGCGUCAGCCAGCAGUGGCUUUGUGGACAGCAGUGAGGGCAGUACAGGCUCAGGCCCAUCCUGGCGUCCUACAGGGCCCUGCCCACUGUCCUCGAGGCGCUGCCUGUCCCUCUCAUAGGAGCACCUCAUGGAAGCUGGUACCCAUCCGCCCUCAGCCAGCAGCACCCCAGCGUCCACACCUGAGCUUGGCCGGCACCAUGGCCUGCUGCGGUGCCGGUCGCAGCCCUGUGUGCUGGGUGGGAGAAGAAGCCGGCGCAAGCGCAGGCGAGAGAAGGAUGCCAGGUGGACACGCCCAUCCUUGGACUUUCUCAAGAUGACUCGGACUUUAAAGAACUCAAAGAGCCUCUGCUCACUGGACUACGAGGAUGAUGAUGAGGAUGACACCCAGGCGAAGAUGGUUGUGUUGUCCCCAUGUCACUCGCAGGGCCUUGUGGGCAUUGUCACACCUGGCUGCAGCCUGAGGGCUGCUGGCCUCUGCCCCGCCAGCCCAUGGACCUCAAGGGAGCCAGAGGCUGGUGAGGGUGAGGGUGAGGGCGGGAGCAGUGGGGAUCCCAGUGACUGGGACAGUGCUGGAGAAGAGGGCAUCUUCCCUCUGGACCAGGGUGACCUGGACCUGGAGCAGAUCGAGAACAACUGACCUGGCUAGGCUGUCACCUGCUCCCUUGGGGAGAAACUGUUUCCUGCUGUUUUGAACUUCAAGGUCUAAUUUUGACUCAGUUUUUCCUAAAGAAGUAUUUUGCAUUUUUAUGGCUUUUGCAGUUCAGGGAAAGCUUCUCUAUUUUGAAAUGAAUUUUCAAGAAGAGUGUUGUUAAGUGCGAGUCACCCUGUAAUCCUUUUGUAAGAAGCCUACUGUGAAGAGCAAUGUGGGUCUGGCUGGGGCUGGUGGUGGGCACCCUCCUCUGGGGCGGCUACCGCUCUGGACCUGUGUGGGCAGUCGUGCUCCUGGAUCUGGUCCUCCUGUGCUGGCUUAGGCCAUGUGGCUUCCUGGCUGGGGGUGGCGCUGCUGUGCAGGCUGAGUGGUGAGGACACCAUCCCGCAGGUGGCUGUGGCCGCUCUGCAGUGCCUCAUCCAUGAGUUCAAUAAAACACGUUGCUCUGUU